UUCUCGAGCAAUAGCCAGCGAGUUUUCAGCGAGUGUUCCUCCCGAAAAAGACAAAUUUAAUAAAUCAACUUAAAAAUGCCUGCUAAAGCUGUCUGUGUUAUUAACGGUGAUGCCAAAGGCACUGUUUUCUUUGAACAAACCGACGAAUCUUCUCCUGUUGUUGUAACUGGUGAGGUUACUGGUUUGUCCAAGGGCUUACAUGGCUUCCACGUCCAUGAAUUCGGUGACAACACCAACGGAUGUACAUCAGCUGGACCCCAUUUCAAUCCAAAAGGCAAAGAACAUGGUGCACCCUCCGAUGAGAACCGUCACGUUGGCGAUUUGGGUAAUAUUGAAGCCAGUGGAGAUGGCCCAACAAAGGUCAACAUCACUGAUUCUCAAAUUAGUCUGUUCGGCGCCAAUAGCAUUUUGGGACGUACAGUCGUCGUACAUGCCGAUCCCGAUGAUUUGGGCAAGGGUGGCCAUGAAUUGAGCAAGUCAACUGGAAACGCUGGUGCUCGCAUUGGUUGCGGUGUAAUUGGAAUUGCUAAAAUUUAAAUCACCCCACGAUACUUUUGAGUUUUAUUGAUUUACAUACUUAUUGUAGGGUUAGCCACAUGUUUCCAUUGUUUUAAUCUACAUAUUGAACCCCAAUAGAAGCGCUUUAUAAUUUAAUUAUAUAUUGCUCCUAAGUUUCCUUAUAGUGCUGAAAAUUAUAUAUGCUAUAUUCAAAUGUGUAUAUCAGCGCAAACUAUUUGCAAUUCUAAACAAAUCUUCGAGUAAAGAUAUUGGUGAAUAGAAAACAAA